AUGCAGAGCGAGACACGGCGGUCGUGCUGUGUUGCUUAGGAAGAAGUUUCAAUGUGGACUCGGUCGCAAAGAAACUUCGCGAUGCAGUGGCUCGCAGUGAUGAUGAAUUUGGUGGCGGUGAUGUUUGUCGCGGGAGAGCAAUGCUCAGCGCCCGUGGUAACCACCAGCCUAGGUGAAGCACGUGGGUUCUGCAUGCACACUCGCAAGGGCCACUCCAUUGCCGCCUUUACAAGUGUGCCCUACGCCCUGCCACCUAUUGGCGACUUGCGGUUCAAGGGUCCAGUGGCGGUGACGGCAGAGCAAUGGGGCUUGGGAGGACUUGACGCCACACGAAGUCCCCAGCCCUGCGUCCAAAGGAACCCCUACAUUCGCCAGAAAGAGAUCGUGGGAGACGAGGACUGUCUCUACCUUAACAUCUACGUGCCCGACGCGCACUUGCGGGCGCGGGAUGAGAAGAAACCGCUGCCAGUGAUGGUGUUUGUGCAUGGCGGGGGUUGGAUGUGUGGUGACUCGACCGUCGACUCGUACGGUCCAGAGCUGCUGCUUGACCGCGACGUGCUUCUUGUAACACUCAAUUACAGGCUAGGACCGUUGGGCUUCCUGUCGACCCAGGACGAAGUGUGUCCGGGCAAUAACGGGCUGAAGGAUCAGCAAGAAGCACUGCGUUUCGUUCAGCGCCACAUCCACAAUUUCGGCGGGGACAACCGAUCUGUGACGAUCUUUGGCGAGAGCGCCGGUGGAGCAAGUGUACAUUUUCAUAUGCUCUCCGAUACCAGUGCAGGUUUAUUUGCGAGGGCGAUAUCGGAGUCAGGCACUGCGCUAGUGCCGUGGGCAGAGAGUCCGCCAGGCGAGGCGUUACGACAGGCCUUCCGACUUGCUAAGUUCUUGGGCUGCCCCCAGGCCCCUUCCUGGCGGAUGAUCGAGUGUCUACGGACAAGAGAUAGCUACGAAAUUAUUGACACAGAGUUCACGUAUUACGAGUGGGACUACGAGCCGAUGACACCGUUCAAGGCGGUGGUAGAGCCUGAUCUGCCAGAAGCCUUCCUCACCCGCCCUCCCCGCGCGCCGCGUACUUCACCAGCUCCGCCCUGGCUGAUGGGGCUCAACAGGGAUGAGGGCUGUCUCAAGUCUGUCUGGAUCACAUCGAACCGGACCCGCUACGAAGAGUUCCUGAGCGGGUUCGACAGGAUCGCACCGCUCACCUUCUACUACGAAAACUCACCGCAUGCUGACGUUAUCACUCGCAUCCUCCGCGAGCGGUACCUCAACCAGCCCGACGAACUAUCCACCCAGCAAGCAAUACGCCAGAUAUACGGUGACUCCUACUUCGCGUACCCUGCACUUGAGGCAGUCCAUCUCGCACUCAACUCCAGCACCGUGUACUUGUAUGAGCUGGCUUACAGAGCGUCUAACAGCUUCUCUCAGGUCUUUGGAGACCCUCACGGAGACUACGGAGUGUGCCAUGCGGACGAGCUCAUGCAUCUAUUUCCCAUCCGUUUCCUGAGCGAACCGGUCUCGGAGCGUGACCUGGCCAUCUCCGAGCUCAUCCUAACGCUGUGGACUAACUUCGCUACGACCGGGGACCCGAACAAGCCGCUACCACUUCCGACAGAGUGGAGACCCACACGCACCGGCAGCCGCUUGGAUAUUUGGUUAAAGAUGAACAGCCGACCAUGCAGCAGGGAUUUGCCGAUUUAA